AUGGAUAAAUUUCUCAUCAAGCUAAAUGUUGGCCAACCAAGCUCUAGUUUUAGUCAGCCAUCUGCGAGUUCACAAAUAAAUCCAGAAAUUCAAAGGGAAACACAUCCUUCCCCACAUUUAGAGCUUAAUUUGGAAUCUCUUGAAGUGGAUCCCAAAGAAAGAUUACCUAUUUCGAGUUAUGGUCCUAAUAUUCGAGAUGAAGUGAGGAGAUAUUAUAUUCAAAUGGGGCCUUGUAAACCAAUAGGCCAUGUCUUUCCUAAAACUAAGUUUGGGAACAAAAUGCGUCAAUUUUGUCCCACUUGGUUCAAAGGACCAUAUUCUCAAUGGUUGGAGUAUAGCAUUAAAGCGGAUGCUGCAUUUUGUUUAUGUUGCUAUUUAUUCAAGAAUGAACUCGAAAAUCGUGGUAACGGGGGAGAUACAUUUACAAAAGACGGUUUUAGAGAUUGGAACAAAGCCGUGGAAAGACUUAAGGCACAUGUUGGUGAUGUGAACAAUAUCCAUCAUAAGUGUUUUAAUAGGAUGCAUGAUUUGAAAAAUCAACGUCAAUCGAUUCUUUCUUCUUUUGACAAGCAAAACGAAAAAGUAAAAACUGAUUAUCGUAUGCGCUUAAAAGCCUCAAUAGAUGUGGCAAGGUUUCUCUUAAGAUCGGGAUUUCCAUUUCGUGGACAUGAUGAAAGUAAAGAUUUUGAAUAUAAAGGCCCUUUUCUUGAACUUUUGGAAUGGCAUGGCGAUAUGCAUCCGGAUGUGAAAAAAGUAAUAUUACGCCAUGCUCCACAAAAUGAUAUGAUGAUUUGUCCGACAAUUCAAAAAGAGAUUGUGGAAGCUUGUGUUAAAGAAACAACUAAAGCUAUUAUCGAAGACUUGGGUGGUGAUUUUUUUGGAAUAUUAGUUGAUGAAUCAAAAGACAUCUCACAUAAGGAGCAAAUGGCUCUAAUUUUGAGAUAUGUCAACAAAAGUGGAAUGAUUAUAGAGCGAUUCUUGGGUAUUGUCCAUGUGAGUGACACAUCUUCCCAACCAUUACAAAAAGAGAUUUAUUCUUUGCUUUUGAAACAUUCAUUAAGUCCAUCCAAGAUACGUGGACAGGGUUAUGAUGGUGCUAGUAAUAUGCAAGGGGGAAAAAAUGGCCUCAAAUCUUUGAUUUUGAAAGAUACUCCGUCUGCAUAUUCUAUUCAUUGUUUUGCUCAUCAAUUGCAACUAGCACUUGUAGCUCUUUCUAAAAAGCAUUCGGAUGUGGAUAGUUUUUUUUAUGUUGUCACUAAUGUUUUGAAUACUAUUGGAGCUUCUUUUAAGCGCAGGGUUUCACUUCGGCAACAUCAAUUGGAUAAAUUGGAAGAGUUGAUUAAAGUUGGAGAAGUUCUUACCAGACAAGGUUUGAAUCAAGAACGAGGCCUCCAACGACCGGGUGAUACUCGUUGGGGGUCUCAUUAUAAGACCUUGGACAAUUUCAUAGUUUUAUUUUCUUCAAUUGUUAAUGUGCUUAAAGUGUUGCUAUUAACUAAUGAAUUGAACAAAGUUCUACAAAAGAAAGAUCAAGAUAUUGUUAGUGCUAUGGGAAUGCUUGACCUUGCAAAGAAAAGACUACAAAAGAUGAGAGAAGAGGAAUGGGACUCUUUGAUGGAGGAGGUUUGCUCAUUUUGUAGUAAACAUGAAAUUGCAAUUCCCAACAUGGAUGAAGACUAUGUUAUUGGAAAGUCGAAACGUAAGAGAUCCGAAGUUUCCUAUUUACAUCACUUUCGUGUGGAAGUAUUUUAUGCCGUUAUUGAUUUAGAGCUUCAAGAGCUUAAUAGCCGUUUUGAUGUAGUGACUAGUGACUUACUCCUUGGUAUGGCUAGUUUGAGUCCGGUUGAUUCAUUUGCAAAUUUUGACAAGAACAAGAUAAUGAAACUGGCCAAGUAUUAUCCAAGUGAAUUUGAUGAAAACAAGCUUCGGGAACUUGGUUUUCAACUCGACACCUUCAUUGUCUAUGCUCAAAAGUGUGAUAGCAAGUUUCUUAACUUGAAAGGAAUUAAAGAUCUUGCUAGAGUUAUGGUUGAGACAAAAGUUGAUCAGACUUGGACACAUGUAUAUUUACUUGUGAAGUUGACUUUGAUUAUACCUGUUGCUACCGCAAGGAAACGCUUUUCUAAGGUCUCUUUGGGACAACUAGUGGUUCCAAGAGUCCCGAUUGUGUCAAGCGGUCCGACUAAUCCUUCUGGCAUACUAGACAAGUCUUCACAUACUGAGCAAUGUCAUCGGCUAUUUGGGGUCAAUAAUAUGCAUGGCGAAGUAACGCCAUGGUGCGUUCUUCAUCGGAAUGGCCAGCCCACAGAGUAUCAUGACAUUCCGUCAGAAGAGUCCUUCGUAGAUCUCCUCCUUUAG